UCAGUAGCGGAACCUACUGGCGUCAUCGACUGGUCCACCUCUUCACACUCGCUUUGGAAACCUUGAAAUAGCGCAUGCACAAUUGUCAGGCCGCGACGCAAUUGUACGUGGUACGCCACGUGUACAGCAGAGGCGGAUGAUCUCACCGCGUCUACUGCAUCUACGACGUCACCGCUAUUGUAUUGCGUACGAAGGUGGCAGAUGCUAUUGAUGCUCUUGCUGCAGGUGUGGGCACUGCGACAUCUAUUCGAAGGGAGACGCAAGCCAUGUGUCUCUAGGUUUACAUGGCCGUCUCAUUCCAGUGCAGUCAUAAACAUACGCAUGGAAGGUGUGGUUCACAGAUACCUCGCGCAAUCAAUCGACCUUCUCCACACUUCGACGUUGGCAUGCCGUGUUGCGUGGGAUUGUGCUGUACGACAUAGUUUCACCACCGCGGUGUCGAUAUCAUGGUCGUCAGACACCUGUAUGAUUCACAAACAGCGUCGGGAGUUCGAUCGGAGUCGAAUAUGUGUACGCAACGAAGAAACCCUGAGAGCCACUAGUGCUUGAUGCUCGUCGAGCAUAAGCAGUGCGGCGCCGUGUCGCACCACCAGUGACUCCGUGUAAUUAGACGAUGACGAAAUCAUCGUCCACAUAUGGACUGCUCGACGCUCGACAAACACUCAAUCAUACAAUUGGCGCAGGUCCAGGCAGGAUCCCGACCCACCCAUUGCGAGCGAGGGAACCGUCGCGUUGAGGAUGCACACAUUGCACCCGGCUUAUGGUGGCUAUCAAUUCAAAUGCGCUUCUGAAUUACUGCUGCCUCAUUGACUGCGAGACGAGAUCUCGAGUUCCGAGACCGACUGGAUAGACUGACUAUCUUGACCUAACUGGUCAAUACCACUCGCUCGCGUGAUUGACUCAUGUUGUACAUCGCACCUUGACCUCGUACCACCACCAUCUACCUUUAGGCGCCCGCUUAUCGGCCCCCAUCUGCCCCAUCUCUCGCCCGUUCC